GAGGGGCAGCGGCGAGUCUCCUCGGAUAAAUUCUAUUAGAGCAGCCGCCGCCGGCUCAGCCAGUGUCGGGCAGGGCAGCGACGCCAGACGCGGGAGGCCUAGGCCGGCUUCUCCUCCUCCUUCUCCUUCGGCUUCUUCGGCAGCGGCGGCUUAUUUUUAUAUUUUAUUUUUUUCCCUCAGGGCCGCCUUCGCCCCCCCCUCCCCUCCCCCACCGGCGCCCCCCCCCCUUUCGUGAGGCGGCGACCCCCCCAUUUCCGUCACUUUUUCCCUCAGACGCGCCCCCUCCCCCACUGAGGAGGAGAAAGCGAGACACCCCCCCCCUCAAAAGACAAAAGGAAGAGCCGGGCCUGAGGGAGAGAAAGAGGGGGGGGCAGCCCGAGCCGCCCCCCGUUUUAUUUUUUUAAACCUCCCCCCCCCUCCGCUUAAUUUUUUUUCCGUUGCUGCGCCGCCGAAGAGGAAGAGGAAAGGGGGGGGCCGCCGCCGUCGCCGCUCCUCCUCCUCCUCCUCCCCCCGCCAUGGAGAACGGGCACACCAAGACGGUGGAGGAAGUGCUGGGCUACUUCGGGGUCAACGAGAGCACCGGGCUCAGCCUGGAGCAGGUCAAGAAGCAGAAGGAGCGGUGGGGAGCCAACGAACUACCAGCUGAAGAAGGAAAAACUUUACUUGAGCUGGUGAUCGAACAGUUUGAAGAUUUAUUAGUUAGAAUUUUGUUGCUGGCAGCAUGUAUAUCUUUUGUGUUGGCUUGGUUUGAAGAAGGAGAAGAAACAGUCACAGCCUUUGUAGAACCUUUUGUAAUCUUACUCAUAUUAGUUGCUAAUGCAAUUGUGGGUGUGUGGCAGGAGCGAAAUGCUGAAAAUGCCAUUGAAGCUCUUAAAGAAUAUGAACCUGAAAUGGGAAAAGUUUAUCGACAAGACAGAAAAAGUGUACAAAGGAUAAAAGCAAGAGACAUCGUUCCCGGUGAUAUCGUGGAAGUAGCUGUUGGGGACAAAGUUCCUGCUGACAUCAGAAUUACUUCCAUAAAAUCAACAACUCUACGAGUUGACCAGUCGAUCCUCACAGGUGAAUCUGUCUCGGUAAUUAAACACACGGACCCUGUGCCUGAUCCUCGGGCAGUAAACCAAGACAAGAAGAAUAUGCUUUUUUCGGGUACAAACAUUUCUGCAGGCAAAGCCAUGGGGGUCGUGGUGGCCACCGGGGUCAACACGGAAAUCGGCAAAAUCCGCGACGAAAUGGUGGCGACCGAGCAAGAGAGGACCCCCCUGCAGCAGAAGCUGGACGAGUUCGGGGAGCAGCUGUCCAAGGUCAUCUCGUUGAUCUGCAUCGCCGUCUGGAUCAUCAACAUCGGCCACUUCAACGACCCCGUCCACGGCGGCUCUUGGAUCCGGGGCGCCAUCUACUACUUCAAAAUCGCCGUGGCCCUUGCGGUGGCCGCCAUUCCAGAGGGCCUGCCCGCCGUCAUUACCACCUGCCUGGCCCUGGGCACCCGUCGCAUGGCCAAGAAGAAUGCCAUCGUCCGGAGCCUCCCCUCCGUGGAAACCCUGGGCUGUACCUCGGUCAUCUGUUCCGACAAGACGGGCACCCUCACCACCAACCAGAUGUCGGUUUGCCGGAUGUUCAUUGUGGACCGUGUGGAAGGAGACAGCUGCUGUCUGAAUGAAUUCACCGUGUCUGGUUCAACGUACGCUCCUGUGGGAGACAUUUACAAAAACGAUAAACCCGUCAAAUGCUGUAUGUACGACGGCCUCAUUGAAUUGGCCACAAUCUGCGCCCUCUGCAACGAUUCCUCUCUGGAUUUCAAUGAAGUGAAGGGAGUUUACGAGAAGGUCGGGGAAGCCACCGAGACGGCCCUGACUUGUCUGGUGGAGAAGAUGAACGUGUUCGACACGGAUCUGAAAGGCCUGUCCAAGAUCGAGCGGUCCAACGCUUGCAACUCGGUGAUCAAGCAGCUGAUGAGGAAGGAAUUCACCCUCGAAUUCUCCCGGGAUAGGAAAUCCAUGUCCGUUUACUGCACUCCAAACAAGCCCAGCCGGACGGCCAUGACCAAGAUGUUUGUGAAGGGCGCUCCAGAAGGAGUGAUUGACAGGUGCACCCAUUUCCGAGCAGGAAACAUGAAAAUACCCUUAACCCCGGGGAUUAAGCAGAAGAUCAUGACCGUCAUCCGCGAGUGGGGCACCGGGAAGGACACACUGCGUUGCCUGGCCCUGGCCACCCACGACAACCCACCGAGAAAGGAGGAUAUGAACUUGGAAGACUCUGCAAGCUUCAUCACCUAUGAGACCAACCUGACCUUCGUGGGCUGCGUGGGGAUGCUGGACCCGCCCCGCAUCGAAGUGGCUUCCUCCAUAAAGCUGUGCCGGCAAGCGGGCAUCCGUGUGAUCAUGAUCACCGGCGACAACAAGGGGACGGCCGUGGCCAUCUGCCGGCGCAUUGGCAUUUUCGGUGAAGACGAGGACGUCACCACCAGAGCCUUCACCGGUCGGGAGUUCGAUGAACUUUCUCCAUCCGGCCAGAGGGAAGCCUGCAUGAACGCCCGCUGUUUCGCCCGCGUGGAACCCUCCCACAAGUCCAAAAUUGUGGAGUUUCUCCAGUCCUUUGAUGACAUCACAGCCAUGACAGGAGACGGCGUCAACGAUGCCCCCGCUUUGAAGAAGGCAGAAAUCGGAAUUGCCAUGGGAUCCGGCACGGCCGUGGCGAAGACGGCAUCGGAAAUGGUGCUGGCGGAUGACAACUUCUCCACCAUCGUCGCCGCUGUGGAGGAAGGCCGGGCCAUCUACAAUAACAUGAAGCAGUUCAUUCGCUACCUCAUCUCCUCCAACGUUGGAGAAGUGGUCUGCAUCUUUCUGACUGCCGCACUGGGCUUCCCGGAAGCUUUAAUCCCAGUCCAGCUGUUAUGGGUCAACCUUGUGACCGACGGACUUCCUGCCACCGCCCUGGGCUUCAACCCCCCUGAUCUGGACAUCAUGAGCAAGCCCCCUCGUAACCCCAAAGAGCCCCUCAUCUCCGGGUGGCUCUUUUUCCGUUACUUGGCCAUCGGAUGCUACGUUGGAGCUGCCACAGUGGGCGCUGCGGCUUGGUGGUUCAUAGCUGCGGACGGGGGCCCGAGAAUUACCUACUACCAGCUGAGUCAUUUCCUGCAGUGCAAAGAGGACAAUCCGGAUUUUGAAGGGGUCGACUGUGUGGUGUUUGAAUCUCCCUAUCCUAUGACCAUGGCGCUCUCGGUCUUGGUCACUAUAGAGAUGUGCAAUGCCCUUAACAGCCUCUCGGAGAACCAGUCCUUGCUACGGAUGCCUCCGUGGGAGAACGUCUGGCUCCUGGGAUCCAUUUGCUUGUCCAUGUCACUUCACUUCCUCAUCCUUUAUGUAGAACCAUUGCCACUGAUCUUCCAGAUCACCCCUCUGAACGUGACCCAGUGGCUGAUGGUGCUCAAGAUCUCCCUGCCGGUGAUCCUGAUGGACGAGACUCUUAAAUUUGUGGCGCGUACUUACCUAGAGCCGGGUAAAGAUAGUUUGCCACCCGCCACCAAACCACGUCCUUUGUCUGCAUGUACCGAAGGAAUCUCCUGGCCAUUCGUGCUGCUGUCCUUGCCGUUGUUGAUUUGGCUUUAUAGCACAGACACUAACUUUAGUGACAUGUUUUUUUCUUGACCUGAAGUCCUGUAGCGGUAUAUAUAGCUUGGCAGUCAGAGAGAAGUUUAACUUAAAAAAAAAGAAAAGAAAAAAGAAAAAGAAAAAAAAUCGAUUUUUUUUUAAAAAAAAAUUGUUCCAAGUAACUUGUCUUAUUCUGCUGAAUUUUCACACGAACGUCUUUGCCGGUGACUGAGGUUUUUCCAUAUUCUAGACUGGGUUUUUCCUCUAAUUAUUUUUUCUUUUUUUUUUCCUUUUCCUUUUUCUUUCCCCCUGACCCCUGUGUGGGGAAGGGUGCGUGCGAGUUCUCUUCUCCCACCCCGCCCCGCUUCUUUUAUACACGAACUUAGGGUGUCCAUCGACAUGUACAGAGAAAUUAAAACACUAUUUUAUGCAAAUAUUUUUUGUAGAGGAGACGCAUGUACAGUGUUCUGUUUCAUAGUCCACUCAUCCUUGUAAAAAUUGACGACAGUGCUUUGGAGUGGGGUGGGGCGAGGGAGGCAGGGGAAAUCACAUUUUGAGAAAACGGUGAUUUGGUAGCAGAUUUUAGGAGGAUGAGUGUUGUGGGAGAUGUUUUUCCUCCCUUAAACCAGAAGCAUGCGAACUCUCAUCAUGUCUGCUGCAUGGUUGAACAUCUAAUCCUAAUUUAUCGUUCGGUUGGGCGUUUUCUGCACUGGGAAGACCAGUCACCUCAAUUUCUCCCUCCUUCCUUCCUUCCUUCCUUUUAUUUUGGUUUGGUCUCGUUUUUUUUUUGUAUUUGCCACACAGUUAUCCUUUAGAUCAGGGGGCUCCAAUCUCGGCAACUUUAAGACUUGUGGACUUCAACUCCCAGAAUUCCUCAGCCAGCAAAGCAAAGCUGGCUGAGGAAUUUGGGGAGUUGAAGUCCACAAGUCUUAAAGUUGCCAAGUUUGGAGACCCCCCCCCUCCCCGCUUUAGAUAUUUACAAUGUAUUUACAAAUAUUCACAAGGUAUUUCCCAGAAAAAUACCUUGCUUACAUUCUGUUCUUGGUAUCUGGGUCUCGCCAGUGCAGAAAACAUCAUUUUGAGAGGCAUCCCGCUAAAAUUAGAUGGUGGGGGUUGUUGUUGUUGUUUUCCCCUCGUUUCGUUCGUUUCUAUAUCCCCGACCCGUGUAGAGGUUUUUGUUUUUCUUUUUUUUUAAAAAAAAAUCAAAAACAAAAAGCAGAAAGAAAACUAUUUAUUUAAAUAAUACCGCCUGUAUUUUUACUGUAACAAGGUUGUUUCACCAGCAUUGCCCGUUAUGGGAAGGGAUGGGAGAGGAACAGAAGGAAGGAAGGAAGGAAGGAAGGAAGAUGGGAGGGAGAGGCAAUCUGGAUGGACUUUAAGCAAGAGCAAAAAAAAAAAAGAAGAGAGAGAAUAAAUUUUCUUUUAAAAUCGAGACCAUUCUGUUUGGCAUUUUCAUUUCUAACCUAAAUUCCAUUUUAAUUCUUGUGUCAGGUCCUUUUUUUCCCCCUCUUUCUUCUCCCUCCCCUGUUCCAUUCCUGUUAUUAAUCGGGGCAUUUACAACCAAACCUGAUUCUGUUGGUUCAGAAUUUUUGUGGUUUGGUGUUUUUUUGUGUGUGUGUGUUUUUUUUUAAAGAGCUGGCAUUUCUUUCUGGGUUCCCCUCCCCUUUUUUGGGGGGGGGGUGUUUAGGCCUGUUAAUUCUCUGUGCCACCUUGUUGAGAUACCAUCUGCUAGCCGCAUCUCGGGCUGCAGCAAAUAAGUUAACAACUUUUGUGUCCGUGUGUGUGUGUGUUGUAAAAAUCUGUAAAUACCACAUAACACAAUGAACAUAUUGUAGAGAAUUCUGUUUAUUUUUUUCCCCCCACCCCCCAUGGCACUAACCACCAUCGUUCUGUUGUGAUCAAUGUCUGUGCACGGUGUCUGUUAAUUGCCUCUCCAAACUCAGUCCUGUAUUGAUAUGUAAGUUCAUUAACAGUCUAACUGUGUGGUGUUUCUCUCCAAUGCCUUCCAACAUUUCAUCGGCUGAAGUGAGUAUCUCUUUCCCAUUUCGAUGGUGGUGCGUGUGCUAUGUAUGUAACAGCGGAAACGUGACCGACUCUAUGCUGUGUGCCCUUUCCAGAGACCUCAAUAAACAAAUGCUCGUGUUCUCCCCAUUGCAAUUUCUCUAGCCUACAUUUUCUGCCUUAGCGUAGCACAAAAACCUUUCCCCGCCUUUUCUGUCGAUUUAAAUUUAAAGAGACACAAUCGGUUGCCACUAUCCUAAAAUCCCUGGGCCAUGUUCCCUUCUUGGCUUCUCAAAAUAUUUGGAUUCCCAAACAGGGUCCCCCUGGUGUCCUCGAUGCUCGCUUGAGCUUGGUGGAGGCGUUUCAUGACCCAACCAGGUUACAUCAUCUAGUGCUAGAAGGGUUGAGGGCUUUGCCGAGUGGAGAAGGGGGAAGAAAGAGGAGGAGAAGGAUUUGUAUGGUCCUUCGCGCUCUCUGAGCUUGGUUGUUUCCUUGCAGAUGUUUCAUGACCCAACUAGGGAGCAUCAUCAGUACUAGAAAGGAAUGGGAUUUGGGGUGGGUGUGGGUGGAGAGGACCAGCCUCUCUGAGUGGCUGAGCUUGGUACUCUCUGAGCUUGGCUUUUUUCCAUGCAGACGUUUCAUGACCCAACAAGGGAACAUCAUCAGUGCGAUCUUAGCAGGGUCUCUUUGUCAGCACUUGGCCUCUUCCUGGGGUUUGCUUGGAAGAUGCGCCAAAAUGUAGGAAGGCUUUGCUAGGAAGAGAACGCCUGGCUUCGUCUGGAGAGAUGAAUUAAAUUGUUAAAUUGUCUAAUUUAACCCUAAUUUUGGCCAACGUUGUUCAGGACAUGUUUGAUUUAGAAGGGUGGUUUAGAGAGUUGGACUAGCUCAGGGGUCUGCAAAUUUGGCUCUUUGAAGAUGUGUAGACUUCAACUCCCAGAGUUCCUCAGCCAGCUUUGCUGUUUUUCCAUUUGCACAAACGCCGAGUAUUGAGUUGCGGUUGCAGUCGUUUCUUCGUUCCCAGGUUAAGUUUGAUUUUGCAACUACCACCCAACCCAUCGUCCUUCCUCCCUCCCUCCCUCUUCACGGUGCCUUGGGCCACAAACCGAUUCUAAGACCAGCAAGAGGAUCUAUUUUUAAAAACGGAGCUGAGCUGCCCCUGGUAUUUCUUUCUCUCCCUUUUCUUUUAUUUACACAAUACAGCUGUCCUCUUAAAACAGCGGAACGUGGCUUGUUGCGGUUUCUAAAUUGCUUUGUUGUACAGAUUUACAGCUGCUCUGUUUUGAACUUUCCUUUUUCUCCGGGGAGCAUCCGAAAGGCUCUAAUGAUUGUAAAAUAACACAGGGCACCCACCCACCCACCCCCAUAAAAAAAUUGAGCUGCAUGCAAGGAGAAAGCAGGGAGGAUUUCGGGGAGACACACAAAGCAUGCAACAAUAAUGCAGGUCGUCUUGUGUCCUCACACAUGUCUUGUUACACAUCUUGCACUGCUUAACCAUCGGUUCCCUGAUCUCUGCUCAUGGCUUGGCAGCACAUUUUUUACCCAUUAGCAAAAAAAACAAAACAACCCCUCAGCCUAUGACAAAAGGCAAAUUGGAAAGGUUUUAUUCAGAGGGAAUGGCUCAAACGGGCGCUGUAGAAUAAAUCUGGUCAGAAGAUUUCAGAAAAAAAAAAAAAACCCAAUAGAGCCAAUGGGUAGAUAGAUGGUGGACAGUUUGAUCUGUGGUUCUGUUUGCUAAGAAAUGUUGUUCCCUUCAAGAAAUGAAGAGCGAGGCCAAGCAAAACUUGGCAGAUUCCUAACCUCCUGUCACUCACAAGUUGCUUUUUGUUUGAACGAAUGCCUCUGAAAUUAUUAUUAUUAUUAUUA